AAAAUUUUGGGAAUUAAAUUUUUAUUCCCAUGAUCCCAUUUAUUAUUUUUUUUUGAAUAUAAAAAUUUCAUUUAAUGAAAAUUGUUUAAUUUGUGUAGUUAGAAAUUGUGUUUUAAUGUAUAUUUUCUAUAAAAGAUGGAAGAUAUUUUAUUAUUAAUAGUUAAUAGUCAAGUAGAGCAUAAAGAAUCAUUUGCGAAGUGGUUAGAAAAAUUUUUUAUGAAAGAAGAAAUUCGAAAAAAAUGUACUAUUGAAGAAUUUGCAAUUUUCUUUUUAAAUUUUGUGCGGAGUCAAACAGAAAAAUUUGUUCGUGGUAAUUCAUCAUCCUGUGAUACACCAAAAAAAAACUUAACUUCAAUAAAUCAAUCAAAAAAUUCCAUAAUACCUUCAUCAACGGUAGAAAAUAAAGAUACAAGUACAACGAAUACGACACCAAUUCGAAAUGUUACUUCAACUUCUGUAGCACUUCAUAAACAGUUUGAAUAUAAUAUAACACCAAUUACAAUAUCAACUGGAAAAUGUAGACUUUCAUUAAAUUCUUUUGAUGAAUCUUUAUUAAGUAACAAAACUACUUGUAUUGAUGAUAGUUUCAAUUCUAAUGGUCCAAAUAAUAAUUCAGAAGCAUCGAAAUAUCAUAAAAUCAAUUUAAAAUUUGAAGAAGAAAAUUUAAUUACUAAAAAACAAUUUAAUUGUAGUAAAGAUGACGAUACAAUAAAUAUUCAAGAGCAAAUAAGAUCGGAGUCAUGUCAAGAUAAAAAAAAACUAGUUUCAACAAACAAAUACGAUAACAUUAACAAUAAUUUAAAUUUUUCCAAAAUGAAAAGUACAAGUGAUAAAAAUGUAUAUUUAACGGAAUUGGGAUCAAAUGAUUUCCCAAAGUUAGAUAAGAAUUUAAAAAGUAAUACAUCCACCCCAAUUAGAAAAUUAAAUAAAUCUGGAAGUAGUGUUACAAAUUAUAAUUCAAUAAUAGCAAAUUCUAAUAGUGCUGACAGAAGUAAUAUUCCAUCUAGUGGGAAAAGUAAUAAGAGUGGAAAAUCUUCAAGACACAGUAAUCCUUCUACGCCUACAGGUGGUAGUAGUAGUGGAAGACCAAAAUCAUCUCCAUUGUGCCUAGGUGAUUUUUUCACAUCACUAACAUCUACAUCAUCAUCUGUACAAAAACAAAAAAAUCAAAAUAAACGAAAUUAUAAUAAUAAUAAAGAAUCAACACCACGUUCAACUAACAACGAUACAAUUAAUGAUUCUAGUUUAAAUAAUACUAUACAAAAAGAGAAAUCUUAUAAACCCAGACGUGUUAUACCUACUCCAGUUAAUUUAAAUGAUUCAGAAAAUUUUAUAUCAAGUUUUUCAAGUCCAGCAUUUCGAAAUAUAAAUGAAGGCAAUAUAAUGAAUAUAUCAAAAGAAGAGAUUGUAGAUAAAAAUAAUUGUGUUAUAUUAAAAGAUCGUGCUAAAUUAAAAUCAGAAAUGCAUAAUAUAGUAAAGGAAUUCGCUGAAGAGAAAACAUCUGAUAAUAUACGCCAGAAUCGUAUAAAAACUUCAUAUGAUGUAAAAUUUUGUAAUUUAUUUGAAACACCAAAAAAAUCAUCAUGUGGACCAGAUCAAAAAACGUUAGAAAACAAUUCAGAUUUCAAUACACCAAUUAAAUCAAAUGAAAAUUUAAUUUUACCUAUGGAAUCUGAUAUAACUGAUAUUAAUAAUGAAAUAAGUAUUAUUUCGUCAAUUGAUUUUAAUAAGAUAACCAAUAAAUUUAUAUUAAAUCGUUUAAUUGAAAUCCAUUCUGCUUUAAUUGAAUUGAACUUAGUUACUAAUAUUUUAAAUGAGUUUACGUACCUGAUCAAUUUUUUUAAUAUUGAUAUAAAAGAAUUCGUAAAUUUCUUAGAGUUACCUACAAAUCUUCCAACCACAGAAAUAAUUGAUACACCUUCUCUAGUCGUAAAGCAAAAAAGUGAUAAAUUAAAAAUUACUGACGAAUUAAAUCAAGAUAUUUUAAUAGAUCAAAUACAUCAACCACAACCAGAAAGCAAUAAAAACGCUGAUUUCGAAAAACCUAUUUCAAAUUUAAAUUUUCAUAGUGAUAUUGAUAAAGCUAUAAAAAUUGAAGAAUUAUUAUUAAACAAAGAAAAUGAAAAAGAUUCUACAGGAAAUAAAAUAAAAAUUACACUGCCUGAAGAAAUGAAAUUUCAAUUAUCUUCCACAUCAACUAUCGAUUCAAAAUUAAUUACUCAUACAAUGAAUGAUACAAAUCCUGAACUUGUACUUAAAAAUUUCAUUAACUGCCUUUUUUAUUCUUUGGGUGUAUUAAAGAAACAAAGAAACCUCUUAGCAUUAUUAGACAUUGCAACUUUACGAGUAAUACUUGAUAAUGAAUUGUUAAAAAUUCUAGGAAAAGAUUUAAGAGAUUUCUUACAACAAAUCUACAAUAUAAAAUUAAAUAUUGAAAAUACAAGACCAAAAUUAGAAUUAUCCACGAAAAUCAAUAAUUGUGGUAAUUUUUCUAAUGUAUCAUAUCAACCUGAUUCAGAUACCAGUAAUAAUUUUACAUCAUUGAAAGAGAGUGGAGCUUUUAAAAAGCAAAGAGACUUAUUUUAUGUGAUAUUAAGAAUUUGGGAAGCGAAACAUUUAAGUGAAGAUUGGAAUUUUCAAAUAUUAGAAAAUAAAAUUCAAAUGCUUAUGUCAAUAUCAGAGAACCCUAUUAAUAUGGCUCAUUUAGCAAAAUUAUUUACUUCUCAACUUAUUAUUUCAUUAAAUUUCACUGAACCAUUAACUGAUCUAGAUCUCGGAUUAUCAAAUAUUGAUAUGAAUAAAUUAACAAAACUACGUCAACGUUUAGUAACACCUAGUCAUUUUAGCCAAGAUUAUCAGUUUCCUGCAAAUCAACAAUUUUUUAAAGAUUUUGUAUUAACGGCACAAUCUGUAAUUUUUAUUGAACAAUUGAAAAUUGCAUUAGUAUCAGAAUUAUUAGAAUUAAAUGAUUCUACUUAUGAAAGUAUAGAUUUAGUUAGUAAAACAAUGGAAUAUAAUCAGAAUCAGACAGCAAGUACUAAUAAUAAUCAAGAUAAUGAAGAAACUAAUAGUAAAGAGGGAAGAACUAAUGAAAUCAUUACUUUUAAAGAACAGGAGGGUACAUCUCAAACAGAAUUUCAUGAGUACUUGGUUCGCCCGGAAAUUAUUUCUACAAUGCGAGUACUUGCAAAAUUUCUCGCUCUUUUAAUAUUCCGUCUCCAUCAUUAUGAAGGAAAUAGGAAUUCUCUAGCUGAUAAUAAGCAAAUUGAACUAAGAAAUAUGUUGAGACCGGAAUUCGAUGUAUUCGGAAUUCUUAAAACAUCAGUGUACAAUAGAAGAUUAAUUAUAACAUUACCUUGGGUAAUAGAGUUUUUAUCAAUAUUGGAUAUUGUAACCUUAAAUUUGGAUUAUUAUCGUGCAAUGAUAGAUUAUCUAUAUGAAUUAUAUAUGAAAUUAUCAUUUGAAAAUGGUUAUAAUAAUGAAAACUAUUAUCAAAAUACUUUCAUCGUUUUCAAUAAAAAUUCGGAUGGAAAAAAUAGUACCGAAAUAAAUAAUUCAUCAAAGCAAAAUCGAAACAUCGAUAUAAAUUUACAAAAUUUAAGACCAACCACAAUCUUUAUAUUAAAAACAUGCCUCGGGUGGUUGUUUGAACAAUUAAAUAACAUAGAAAAUUAUUAUACAUAUAGACAAGCUGCCUCCAUUAAAACAGAGAAUAUACAAAUUGAACCAGAACCAAUUGUAGAAAAUCAAGAUAAAACUUUCUUCAAUUGCAAUAAUAAAAGCGAUAAUUUAAGGUUAGAUAAAACCAAAAUCAGUCAAUCAAAUAAAGAAGAGAUUGAUGAUAAAGUUGUAUCUGAAAAAAACUUUUCUUCGAUUUCAGUCUCAUCCACAUCAUCUUCUAAUGUUAAUUUAUCUACGGAAACUGCAGUAAAUGGUUUAAAUGUUGGAAAAAUUAUAGAUACUUUUGAUCCACUUUUAGAAAAUAUUUUGAACGUAUCGUGCCCAUUUUUAGCAGAUUUCCGAGUUUCAAUUAUGCCUACAAAAUUAUCAAAAAGUUUGUCACGUACUGGUCGUUUACGACAUGUUACUACGAAAAUGUUAUCAGAUAAUAAAAUAACAACUGUAAUGUCAAGUGUCACAACAUUACCAUCAUCACCAACAAUUGUUACAACCCCAGCUGUUACACCAAGUUUUCAUCAGUUAGAUAAAUCUGUAUUGCUCUCAUCGAACAGGAAUGAAAGUUUAAAUCCAAAAAUGGAAAAAAAUUCUCAAACAAAAUUAAUUGAAGCAUUCUUGCAUUCACAAAGUUUAUCUGUUAGGCGCAUUAUUGAAUUUGUAAUUGAGAGGACAACAUCAGCAGUAAUUAAAGAUUUUCAAAUGGAAGUCAUCCUAAAAAGCAAAACGGAAGCAAAUAUCGAAAUAGAUAAAAUUUUAUGUUCCGAUACGGUAAAACCUGUGAUAGUUUUAAAAAAUGAAAUGAUUAAAAUAUUUGAAAAGGCUUUGGCGAACGUUAGAUCGCAAUGGGAUGCUAUAAUAGAAAAUAUGAUACAAGUUCGAGUUGAAAAAGCUUUAGAUUCCCUGCUGCCUAAUGAAACAUUGCCGGUAAUAAAAUCAACUUGUGCGUCUAUUAUAAUACAGAAAUGUAAAUUAAAAACUGAAAGCUGGAAACAAUCAAGCCUUACUAUUCAGAAUUUUUAUUCCAAAGAUAUUGAUAAAUUUUUACAAAAUUUUUCUGCUAGAAAAACUGAACAAUCUACUGAAUUAAGGAUUGAUUUGAAUCAAAAUAUACUACCAUCUGAAAUUCUGUGUAAACUGCAAUUUUGGCUGCAUGCAACCAGUAGACGAGAUGAAUUUGUUAAUGAAAUUGAUUUAAAGAAAUUUUGUGAUGACUUACUGCUAACACUAAAUGGUCAUAUAUUGCCAACAAGUUUUUAUAAAGUUUGUGGAAUAACUACUGUUAUUUUAGUACAAAAUCUGGUUUUAAAACAUUCCAAUAUUUUUACGGAUAGUCUUGUGCAAAAAUUCAUUGAUAUAUGGUAUGUUGAUAAAAUGCUAGAAUUUUCUCAAGUGGAAGAUCCUUUAAUAGUUAAGAAAAAUAUUAAAGGGGAUAGUGAAGAAUCUUCACAGUCGGAAAAAUUAUCAGAGGAUAAUAAACAAAAUAAAUAUAAUAUAUUUGACUCGUACUUUGGUGAAUCAUUUUUAAAACCAUUAUGUGGUUCGAAAUCCUUAGAAUCAAUUGAAAAAUAUGCCAGUAUUACUGUUAAUAUUAUUAUUAAUAACUUGCUUACGAUAUCAUAUGUUAAUGAUAAAUUUGUGUCACUUUUUAAACAAGAUUGGAGACCUGAAGAAUAUGAAAAUUUAAAAAAUAUUUUGGAACGCAUAAGUAGUAAUACUCAAAUUAAGAAUGUUACACAUGAUGCGGAUGAUAGUAAGUCAAGUUUAUUUAUGGAAAUGUUAUCUGACUUAUUAAGAGAUAUAGACGAUUUUUAAAUGAAUUUUUGUUAAUGUACGACUUAUUAAAUAUUUAAAUACAUUAUUCAAUUUAUGAAAAAAAUUCAUAAUAAUAAUACUUAAAAAUAUAUUUGUUUUUUUUUUAAUAAAGUGACCUCAUAAAAAGUUUUCUAUAGUAGUAAUUCAAUUUGUCAUAGGUAAAUUUAUAUAGAAUGUUCGUUUUGGAUUUAAAUAUAUAGUCUAUAUUAAAUGUUCUUGAAAAACAAAAAAUGUUUGCAAUUUUUAAUUAUGAUUACCUAAAAACAAUAAACAAUAUUUAUGUAUUUGUAAAAUAUUGAAAGAAAAUUUUAUUAU